GGUGCCCCACCCCCACCUGGGCUCCCACACUGACCUGGCACUUUACUGGAGUCCUGAAUGCAGGUCAGACAGGCUCCUAGCCCCUGCCCCCGACACUGAAACUGUUACAUGGCAGAUUGUUUUGUAACUGUUUUCUGAAGUCGCCCAAUGAGAACAGCUGGCCGGGAUCACAUGACACAACUUUUACAUAACAUUUUUUUUUCUCCGCCGCUCCAUUGAGAAUAAUAUCAGUGCUUCCUGGACUAGAGCAUGGACAUGCAGUGUUGUCAGUACUUCUUGGCAGCGGACACAGAUAUGAAUGGCAGCGGGGGUAUUGACCAGAUAUGCACCUCACAGAUGAGUGGAUAGGCUUCACACAACCUGCUGGUCAUGGGUACGGAGAGAGAGAGCAUGCUGCAGCUUGCAGCGGAGGCUUUCCAGUCGAAAAACUUCGACCUGGCGGCGGAUAUCUACGAGUGCCAGCUAGCGGGUCUCGGAGAUCCAGGGAGCCGACAGGAGCUGAUGGUGAAGCGGGCUGACGCUCUCGCAUUCGGGGGCAAAUUCACCGAAGCUUUCGAUGUGUACCGGCAAGCCUCGGAGAUAGAGCGACUGAGACCUGCUCACCUGGCCUACCUCAUAGAGUACCUGUCCAGUAGUAUCAGGAGGCAGGACGGGGGUGACAGUCAGAGCAGCGCCCCGAGAAGAGGAGAGGAGGCAGGGGCGGCGGUGGCAGCUGCGUGCCCCGCUGUUGAUGCUACAGGUUGCGGGUAUGCAGACUUCUCCUGUCGGAUAUGUCUAAGCUUUCUGUUUGAGCCCGUCACUCUGCCGUGCGGACACUGCUUCUGUAAGAAGUGUCUGGAGAGGGAGAGGAAGGAGAAGGAGCGGCCGUUCAUGUGUAAGGAGUGCAGCUCCAGGGUAGCCGACGUCCAGAGCUACAGGGUCAAUGUGGUCCUCGGCAGCCUGCUGGCCAAGUGGUUCCCCACGCUGCACCAGGCCGGCCGGCUGAGGCGGGAGGGCAACGGACUGUACGUCGAGAAGAAGAUGGAAGCUGCAUUGGACAAAUACAACCAAGCCAUAUUGAUAGCACCCAUGGACCACAUACUGUUCAGUAAUCGCUCUCAGAUCCACUCCAGUCUGAAACACUAUGAGAAGGCUCUGAGAGACGCUGAGAUGGCCUGCAGACUCAAGCCUCACUGGUCCAAGGGUCAUGUUCGUAAGGCCCAGGCCCUGGUGUCGCUGGGCAGGACGGAGGAAGCUCUGAGGGAGUACCUGGUCUGUCUGUCCAUAGAGCCUGACUGUAGACUGGCUAAGACCGAGGCUCACAAGCUCCUCAGUCAUCUCCUCGCUCCAGUCACAGAUCAGGUCCCUGAACACAUCUCAGACUACUCCAACAUACUGUCUUCCAGAGCACACAUCAAAAACAGCAUCGGUGCUCCCUUCCAGACUCUUAGUCCCAGCUUGCUGUCAACAGAGUCCAGUCUUACCUCCACCCCUCCCGCACCUGAGAGGCCAGAGGGGAGUGAGGUCAAAGGUCAGGGAAAGUCUGAGGUCAGGAGGCCCGACCACUGUUUCCUCCUCAAACGGAAACGAAGGAGCACAGAGGAGGAGGUGGAGGAGGGAGGACGGGAGAGGAGCGACGAUCACAAGAGAUCCAGAUGUGAACCAGCAGCUGCGAUCGAUUCACUGAGCUCUGCGGUCUGUGACGUGUUGGACCCGACAGAUCUGGAGUGCUCUCUUUGUAUGAGGCUGUUCUAUGAGCCGGUGACGACGCCGUGCGGUCACACCUUCUGUCUUCAGUGUCUGGAGAGAUGUCUGGACCACAACCCGAAGUGUCCACUCUGUAAAGAAGAGCUGUCUGAGUACCUGGUCCAGAGGCAGUACAGUAAGACAGUGUUAAUGGAGAACCUGAUAUCUAAGUAUCUUUCCUCUGAGCUCAUGGAAAGACAGAAGAUCCACCAGGAGGAGAUGGCUGAGCUCUCCAAUCUUAACAAGAAUGUGCCUAUAUUCGUGUGCACCAUGGCCUUCCCCACCGUGCCGUGCCCUCUCCAUAUCUUCGAGCCCUGCUACAGACUCAUGAUUCGCCGAUGCAUGGAGACGGGAACCAACUGCUUUGGCAUGUGUCUGGGAGACGACCUCAAGGGGUUUGCAGACUACGGCUGCCUGUUGGAGAUCCGCGACGUGAAGUUCUUCUCCGACGGACGUUCAGUGGUGGACACCAUCGGCAAGCGGAGAUUUAAAGUCAUUCAGCACAGAGAGAGGGAUGGUUACAAUACAGCUGAUAUAGAGUACCUGGAGGAUGUGAAGGUGGAGGGUGUAGCCGAGCGUGAGCUUCACUCUCUGCAUGAUGCGGUGUAUGACCAGGCCCUGGUGUGGGUCAACUCCCUGAAGUCCGAGCAGAAGGAACGCAUCGAGGGACACUUUGGACCCAUGCCUGAGAAAGACUGUGAACUUCAGGCCUGUCCUAACGGUCCGUCAUGGUGUUGGUGGUUACUCGCCGUUCUUCCAUUAGAGGGCCGAGCCCAGCUGCCGUUCCUGGCCCUCACCUCUCUGAAAGAUCGUCUCAGCGGUAUCCGAAAGGUGCUGCUCUUCAUGACCCAUAGCAGGCACCGGUGACACGCUCUCCGCGAGCCUUCACCCACCUGGAAAAUGCAGUAAACACCUUCCCUGCACACAUCCUGCCCCAAUGCAACAGUUGACCUGUUGUUCUUCCUUUUGAUGCACAAAGAACUGACAUUAAAUGUUGUUGCACCUUCCCUGUUGUAACACCAUCCCUUUCAGAAAGCAGUGCUGGAUUUCAUCCACACCUCAACAACAAGCAAAGAUAAUAUACAUCUGAAUAAUACAUAAAGUUCUCGUCACAACCACACAGACCUGCAAACUUAAGCUACAGUCAGACCGGAGGGGAAGUGUCUACAUUUGGGUUUAAACAGAAUCAUCACCUUCCAUUGUAACAUUUGAUGUCAUUGUAACAAACAUAAUUCACACAAGCUACAUAUGUUUUUUUGUCCGACAACUCCACGUGCACAGCAGCAAGCUGUUGUGCUGAAAUGUCUUCAUCUGUCCAUACUCCACUGUUGCCUUUCUGGCUCUCCUCCAUUUUUGUAGUUCUCUGCUCUUCCUCCUGCAUACAUGUUGAGUGUAGACUGACACACCAAAAAAAAAAGAAAAAGACAAAAAAAAAAGUGAAUUCUCAAAAACUAAAGUAAUUUCUCCAAAAAUAUGAGCUGCAUGUCUGAACCUAGCUUUAAAGCGAAGAUGAAGCAAAUUUCAGAAGCAUACAAUAUUAAUCUACUGCAAAUGGCGGCGGCCAUUAAUUCAACCAAUCAGUGUCCCCAUUCUGUAUGUCUUUAAAUGUACAUUUAAAUUCACAACCAAACUAUGAAUUUGCGUUUUAGUGUAAAUGCACUCACUACAGUUGAGUGAGUAAUGAUUAAAACACUGAUUAGAUUUAAUUGAUUGCAGUGAUUGAACCAUUCAUCUGGGAAAAUAGUUCAUUCACUGAUUGAAAUAUCUGCAGACAUUUACAGAUAAACCUGUGUGUUUACUAUUUUGCCACAUUAUUAGUUACAAUAAUUAGUUUUUUUAUUCUGUCUUCCUCCGUUCCUUUCUUCCUUCCAUUUCUGUCUGUCUCAUCCAGCUGAAUAACAAUAGACUGAACCUUUAUAUUGGUGUGCUUUAAGGCUCUUGUUCUUGUGUUUUAUUCAUCCAUUUUUUUUCAAAAAAGAAUUAGUUGGAUUUUUUUUUCCAUUAUUUAUUUUUGUCAUUAUUUAUGCAUGCAGUGACAUUGUUUACAUUUCACAGAGAGAGAGAGAUGCUGAGCUGCUCACUUUCCGAAAGCUUCUUUUUUUUUUUUUUGUUUAACUUAACAUUUCACCCCAAAUAUCAGCAAUAAUUAGCUGCUAACUCUUGGAAAAAGCCCAAACAUUUAAAGAUCACUCACAAAAACACCCAAAUCUAGAGAGGGUAACAACAUGGAGCUAACAUGGCUGCCACUGGGCAAACUCUGGAAACUGGAGUUGAGGGUAGAUUCCCUCCCAGACCACCUAUUCUUAGAUCACCGGUGACCCAAAUCUCUGUAGUACUUUUAUUGGCCUUUCAUAAUCUGAGUUAUGUUGACUUAAACAUAUUUGGAUACCUCUACUGUCAGCAGCCUCUCUGUGGCUGAGCUAUUUGCAAAGCUCGCAUUGCAGCAAGAAGUCCUAAACAAGAUCUGGAUUUCUAAAACCAUUAUUUAUUAAGUAUUUAUUCUGAUUUAUUUUGCACCUCCACUUAAGGUAAGGGAAAGAGAGAGGCUUCAGUGUUUUCAUUUCUACGAUGGCAGGAGUCAGAAUUAAGUUAAAUCUUUUGCUAGUUAAUUUGAUCCCUAAGCGUACGCCUAUUUGCAUCUCCUAGCAGGACAACAUGACUGCUAAAGAUCUCCAUUCAUUUGAGGGUGACUGGUGCUAUGCUAUUUGUAAAGGCUGGUGCCUUCUAUCCACAGAAAAAAUAUGUUGUGGAACCAUUUAACAUGCAAAUUAUCUACAUACCAGGUUCAUUUUAAGGGUCAUUUUACCCCUUAAAUGGAAACUUGCUUAUUUGAAACAUGAUUUUCACAGAGAGGAAACAACUGCAAAUGGAACGAAUACAAAAGAAAAGAAUAAGAAUACCCGCCAACAUAUUUUUGAGAAAAACAAGUUGUUUAAAAAAUAUUGAGGCCUUGCUGAUGUCUGUGACAUGACUGUAUUUACACGGCAAACGCUCAUCUCUGAAAAAUGUUGAUUGUUGAGCUUUGCCUUCAAAAUCUUUUAUUUUAUAUUUACAUGUGUUUGAUUUUACAUGUUUCUAUGUCAAUCAGGUUCUUUGUAUUUUAUAAUUUUCUUCACUUACUGGUGCAUUUGUCGCUCCUCAUUUCAUGUGUAAUAGUACAGGGAGUGUAAUGUCAAAUCAUCUACAUUUAUUAUUUUGUUUUGAAAGGGCCAAAGCCAUGUAAUGCUGAAAAAUGGAGGACUGAUAAAGUGUAAUACCACAGACUUUUAAUAUUUUCCCACAACAAGUUGUUGAUAUUGAUUUCAUGCAUUAUUUGAGUUAUUCACCACCAUCAAAUAGUUGCAAUGGGACAUGGAAUCAAACAGCAAUACUGUAUAAAGUACUAGAUAUAUAGGAUUGUAUUUUAUUGUGUAAUUACCCAAGUGUUAAAUGCUGUUGUUUAAAGGCAUUUGUACUAUUGAACAAGUACUGACAAGACUGACAUGUAUAAUAAUAGUUACAAUAAUUUCCCCAGCAAUGUUUGCUAAUAUUGUAAUUGAAAGAAUUUAUGAUUAGUUAGCUCAAACUGGGCAGGAAAGGGAAAAGCCUAACAUAAUCACACUUCCACUAUAAAAACAUGUUACAUAGAUUCAAAUGCAGAGAUAGAUGUAUUUCCUGAUUGACAUGAAGAGGUAGCGGUAAAGGGAAAAUCCACCUAAAAUAAAAUUACAUACUAUUUUUUACAGUUAGUGAACAUGAGUAAAAUCACAGAUGAGCUUGUGUUUUCUUUAUUUGUACAUUUGAAAGAGUUCAGUAUAAAGUUGGAACAUGAGACCAAAACAGUGGUUUUGGCUUAAAACUUGUAUCUUUUAAUUACUGUGUAUUUGUGGCAGCAGUUUUAGUGCCUUAAGUUGGACUUCUUCCAUUUUCACUUUGAUGUAUAAACUGCAGUGGCAACUAGUAUCAUAGUGUGUGAUAACCUGGGGUUUUCUAAAUAACAUCUUAAGAUAAUAAUUACAUAUGUUUGUCACAGUCAUUUGAAACAGAUCCCACCCUGACCACUGAAGUCAUCCAAAAUGUUAGUAGCAUCACAUACCACCAACAGCGAACAGUCGUCACAUUGAAUCUGUUGUAAAUUACAGUAUUCGACUUUCUUCCCAAGCUACCAUAAGAACACAUUGUUGUUGUUCCCUGUGAACAAUGAAACUGCAAACAUUUAACAGCAUAACAGAGUUAAGUGUUGGCUACUUUACUCCAAAGCCCUGUUUGAUUAUUACUUUAAUUUCUGGCGUAAAAAUGAUUCAAAGUCUGUCAGUCAAAAAAAAAAAAAAAAUCCAGCAAAAGAGCCACAAUAUCAAAAGAGGCUAUUCCUAGAGGCUAUUUUGACUGUAAGGAAUAGUUUGAUAUUUUAAGAAAUAAGUUGGUUUCUUGGUAAGAGUAUGAGAUUGAUACCACUUCCUGUCUGUAAGUUAAAUACAAAGCUGCAGCUGGGUAACAGAAAGCCCAGCACAACUUGUUGCUUUUACAUUUUGGUUUGUGUAAGGAUUAACCAAAUGUAAUAUAACAUGUUAAUGAAUGCACUUUAAGAAUGCUUGAACUUUGGAAGAACUUUGAAAAAAGCAGGCUAGCAGUUUCCCCUGCUUCCUGUUUUUAUUCAAAGCUAAAUAAGCUAAUCAUCUCCCAGCUCUAGCCCUUAAUGCACAGACAUGAGAGUGGGAACUAGCAACUGGUUAGCUUAGCUAAUUUUGCCUACCACAUAACCCCCUGCAAAACCACAAUUUGUCAAUGUUACAAUUUGUUUUUGCACGGAUUAAACAAACAAGAUGCAACAUGUUAAUUAUGGAAGUUAAAUCUUAAGACAGAGUCAGGCUAGCUGUUUUCCCUGCUACAACUCUUUAUGCUAACUUAAGCUAACCUGCUGCUGGCUUUAGCUUCAUAUUUAGCAUACAGACAUGAGAGUGGUAAGCCCUAUCAAUUUUCAAAGCUAACUUUUGGCAUGCUUUAAUUUGACUGACUGGAUGUAUGGGAUUUCUUGGAACACAUUUUUAUAAAAGAUGAUUGCAAUUAAUUGGUGUCAUGUUUGUAAAAAUGCUUUUUUUUUCACACACUGGCAGACAAUAUGCUUAGCUUCAUCCACUGCAACCUUGGGUGACUUAUAAUAACAGUAAUUAUACAGAAACUCCAAUUGACACAAAUUUUUGUGAUUUUUAAAAAUGAAUAUCAAGGAAUAUUUUUGUCACUGAUCCGAUUCCAUAGCCUUGGACUAAAGAGGAUGGAAGAAAAAGUGUUAAUUAGGAACCAGCACAGGUUAUAAGCUACGACCCAGUAGGAAUAUGAAUACAUUGACAUUUGUCUCGGUGUCAGCCAUUGAAUCCUUAAAGGUCAGGAUGGGUCCAACCUGCUUUUACAGCUUGAUGGUGACAUUUUGGUAUUCUGUAGCAUUCAAAACUCAUGAUAACUGUGAACAUGCUAACAGCACUGACACAAAAAUCCCCACACACAGAAAUGGUGUAAAAUUUCAACACCUCCAGUUUGUUCAGUGACUAAAACAAAUAACGACAAUGCAGUUGUAGAAGAAGUUGUAUCUUUUUAAUCUUUUGUCAUCCAGCUAUGCAACAACAGUAGGGUUAGGCUCUCUUGCCUGUCAAUAUCUUGACCUUUCAGAAUUCAACCACUGACCUUUUGAAGUGUAACUACCUCUGGUACCCUCCUCAAGCACUUCCACAAAGAGAGACACAAUAAUGAUGCUUCCUAAUUUUAUUAUUUUCCUGUUAUUGUUGUUUAAUCUGUGUUUGAAGUGAAACUUCCGAGUCUACAGAAAUAUAUCAUAAGUGUUUCAUCAGUGCUCCAAAAUAUGUACAUUUUGUUCAAAUUUGUGCCCGUGUUGAAACACACCAUUGUCAACACCUCACAUUUGACACUUGGUACCUAAAACUGCAAAGUAAAUUCAAAGAUUUCAUUGUUAUAUGUUUGAUGCUGAUCCCAAAUAUUUGAUUUAUUUGAAGGAGCGUUUGAUUUAUUUUCCCUAGCAAAUUAAAAAGCUUAGAAACAAAGUCAAUGACCUUUUAAGGCUUCUAUUAUGUGAGGUAACAAAACUGAUUUAUAGCACUGGUCUCUUCGCCCUGGCUAAACCUUCUCUGACUGAACACUCUUGCUUUGCUGACUAUUUGGCCUCCAAAAAUCUUCACCAAGCGCUCCUCACGUUUUCAAAUAUUUGCACUGACUUCAGUUACUGCAUUGCCUGACUCUUUAAAAUGUUGUUAAACUCCUGUAGAACUCCAUGGCCUCUAAAUGUGUCUGGGUGAAUUUGCACAAGAUGAAUGUAUAUGUCUUGACAUCUCUCUGAUGUUUUCUGUACAUGUCUGUUUUUGAUAGUAAAACUUUAGUAUGCAUUACCUUUGCAAAAUACAGUCUGAAGCUACAGCUUGUGAAUAAACCAAAAGGUUUGUGUUCUUGAUCCUGCAUGGGAUUUCGAAUACAAUGGACUGGACAAGA